CGAAACUGUUGCAAACUCCCUAAAAGUAAACAGGGAAGUUACCCCUCCCCUCACAAUGAUCACCUCUAUCAUGGAGAGCUUUACUUAUGUUUUCUAAUUCACAGUUAGAUUACUCAACAUAUUCGUCAUUAUUUCCACCGAACUUUGCAAUUUCUUGCUGUGGAGCAUCACAGCAAAGCGAGGCUGAUCGUGCGAGUUUACUUUCAUUUCUGGCGGGAAAAGAUGGCGGACCAAGACGAUCUGUAUCUAGAAAACUUGGAUGAAUACGUGAAUGAUGAAAAUAAAAUCGUUACAUACAAAGGACUUUCAAACCUGCUCAAGGUUCCAGCCAACAAAUCCAAAAAAAUGCUUCAGAAUUUUGUUGACCAACAGUCAUCAAAAGGAGUUCAACUAAAUAUAACCUUUCUUGUUGGUGGGAAACUUGCAGAUUCAGGAAAGGGAUACAAGUUUUUAAUAGCAACAAAAGACAACUUAGAUGAUUUGAAAAAAACAUUUAGUCAAGUAACUUGCUGCCAUAUUUACAGUGUACAAAAAGCACAACUCAAGAAUUUUGAAGUUUUACAUGGUACUGACCAUGACGUUGUGAAAGAGUCUCUUUUUGAGCUGCAUAACUGGAGCCGUAUUUAUUGCCCAGAAGCCAAACAAAAUGAUGCAGCAUUGCGAAGGAGACAAACAAUGCAAGUGGAAAAUAAUUUACCAAAUGGAGUGCAUGGUUGCUCUAAAAAAACACCAGAGGUUGCUGCUAAAGAGGUUUCGUCAAAACAAUCGGCAGUUCCAGCCAGGAAGCAAGUCUCAAGUGCUUCAUUCUUUGGAGCAAAUAGCCAAAGGCAGAGAACUGAAAACUCCUCUGACCAAAGGACUCAAGAAAGCGAUAAUAAAGGGGCCAAAAUCGAUCAAAAAGUGAAGAAGGAUGUUUCAUUUUUUGGAAAAUCUGCUCAAGCUCCAAACAAGUCUAAUUAUGCGAAAGAAGAAAAGGGGAAAGAUCAGAAAUCGGAAAGGUCACAAAAGUCUUCGAAAAGCGAUGACACACAUGGAAAGUUUUCAGAGAAGGAAGAACACGCGAGAUUGAAUAAAGAGAUCAAGAAAAAGAAAAAAGGAGAAAAGGAGGCAAAAUCCAAAGGGAGCGAAGAUUCCCCUGGAAAUGAAAAAACCACGAAGAAGGACAAGGAGCUCAAAGAAAGAGAAGAUGAACCAAAUGCCAAAGAAGAGGAAACUGAGAUCCAGGAGAGCGAUUCUGAUGAUGACUUUGAGUCUUUCAUUAAAGUUUCAAAAGGAGGAGAAGAACAUGAUAGGCCGGAAAAGAAGAAACCAAAGAACUCCAACAGGGGAGAAAAGCGAAAGAAAGAGCAAGUAUUGGAGUUUGAGGAAAGCAGUUCUACACAAAAAUCAAAGAAAGCUAAGAAGCAACCGAAAGAUGAAGAAGCAAGUAAACAGCCAACUAAGAAAGAAUCUUCUCAGAAAGUCGAAGACGUCAUAAAAGAAGAACGAGGGGAAAAUAACAGUGGAGGAUCAGAAAUUGCUCCGUCGGAUCCUGAUGCUCCAGAGGAGGCUAAACCACACGAGAAACGACGAAUCAGAAGAAAAGUGUUGAAAUCAAAAACUUUUAUGAACGACGAAGGAUAUAUGGUGACAGAAAAAGUUUACGAGUCAGAGUCUGCUUCCGAGGAGAGUGACACAGAAACGACGUCGAAAGCAAAGACGACGUUCAAAAACGAUGCUCUUCAUAAAAAGCCGAGAGAAAUCACUGCAGAAAACAAGAAAUUCAAAGCUCAAGCCUCAAAAAACAAGAAUCAAAGCUCGCUUAUGAGUUUCUUCAAAAAGAAGUGAUGAUAGAAAAGGGCUGGUGAAUUGUGAUGUCUGAAUAUCACUGUAGUAGCAACAGCAGCAACAAAAGUUUAACGACAACUUGAGUUUUGAUUACCGCAACAGCAACAAGCAUGACCGCUCAGUGGUAAACAUGGCAACCUUUGAAUAUCACAAAUGGAAAAACGAAUUUCAUUUGAAAUCUUAUAUAGAUAUACUCACCAUUUGUCGUGGAUAAAAAUUGUCAUAAAGGGUAUUUCCUUUUACGAUUUAAAUUAUCCUUGAAUUAUUUGGUUUUGAAUCGC